AUGAGCCAAAUCAUGCGGAAGGAUUCGUCAAUCGCCACAUCGACUGGUGGUGGACAUCGGCAUCGCUCGAUCGACAUUGGACACGGUGCUACCGGAAGCGAAUCGUCGAUCAUGGAUCUACACCAUCGGACCACCGGACAUCCACCACGGUCGGCACCACCGACAGGUGCGGGCAGUAGCGGGAAACUCCCGUUGAUGGAAAAACCACGCACCAUAAGCGAUAGCGAGUCGGAGAUAAACUACGAUCUGUUCAACACGAGCAUCCACUCUGCGGAUAGCGGAUCGGCGAUCAUGAACGCAUCACAGAUUUCGAAUACCUCUUGCGAUUCAACGCACAUCAAGAGUGCCAACCUAACUCGAUCGCAGAAUGCUUCUGGGUCCUGUCGCUUCCCGAAGCUAGAAGAAUGUGCCCAUUUCCAUUACGAACGCGUACAGCUUGGUAACCUUUCCGUUCAGCUCGAAGGUGAUGAACGUAGCGACUCCCAGCUUGGUCUAGCUUCCGAUCUCACCACCUCCCAAACGAACUCCAUCGGGCCCUCGGGACCGGCAGGGUCCGCUUGCCCCACGAAGAGUGGUAGUAAUCUUUGGUUUAUCAUUCGUGUUACCGCUGGCCGAUCUGAUCCAUUCAUGAUUAAGCGCUCGUACGAGAACAUGUGCUUCCUGGACGAGAUGUUGCACAGGUGCGUGUACGAUAGACGUGUUAGCGAGCUGGAAAACCUACGUGACGUGCUAAUGGCGCUUCCAGAUGGUAGUGGUGAACAGCGGAUGGAGAGAAGUAUGAGCGACGAACAGCACCUGGAAAAGCUGGUAGGGUCCUAUUUGACCCGACUGUCGAUGAUUGCUUCGGAUGCAAUGACUUGCGGCCCAGUUCUAACCUGGCUGCAGAUUGACAACAAAGGUCGCCGGUUGCCCGUAGCGGACGAACAGACAAUGCGUUGUAUCAACACUCCAGCGGUCGGGGCUGCGUACGGAGUGCGACGUUACGUGGCACAAGCGUGUGAUGAAAUAUCCAUCGAGGUGGGAGAUAUGAUAUCCGUGAUCGAUAUGCCAAGUCCGGCAGAAUCUAUCUGGUGGCGAGGCAAGAAAAGUCACCUGCAGAAGAACCAGUACGAGGUUGGAUUUUUCCCGCAGAGCUGCGUCGCCACGAUCGGCGAUAAGGUGCCACGGCAUAUGCCUUUCCCGGCGCCCCUUGUCGGAUCGCUCGCUGUGUCUCCCACGAAACCUGUUCUUCGAAAACAUGGCAAAUUGAUUGCAUUCUUCCGCAGCUUUAUUUUGUCACGGCCCUCACGUCGGCGAUUGAAGCAGAGCGGUAUCUACAGGGAGCGUGUAUUCUCGUGUGAUCUAGGGGAGCAUUUGCUAAACAGUGGACAAGACAUUCCAAUGGUGCUGAAGUGCUGUGCGGAGUUUAUCGAGGAGUAUGGUAUCGUCGACGGUAUCUAUCGGCUGUCAGGAAUUACAUCUAACAUUCAGAAGCUACGACGUGCAUUCGAUGAAGAGCGCAUUCCAGAUCUAACGCAUCCCGACAUUCGACAGGAUAUACAUGCAGUCAGCUCACUGCUAAAAAUGUAUUUCCGUGAGUUGCCAAAUCCGCUGUGUACAUACCAGCUGUACGAUCAUUUCGUGGAAGCAAUUCAGACCCGAAUUGAUGCUCCGACCGAUCUGAAGCUGCGUCUUAUUCGACAAACGGUACAGAAGCUUCCGCCACCACAUUAUCGUACCCUGAAGUAUCUUGCGACGCAUCUGUUCAAGAUUUCACGCCACUCAUCCAGCACUGGUAUGACGGAGCGCAACAUUGCGAUCGUGUGGGCUCCGAAUUUGCUGCGCAGUCCGGCAUUAGAGGCGGGCGGAGUGGCUGCUUUAAGAGGCGUUGGCGUACAGGCGGUUGUGACCGAAUAUCUGAUCAGCAACUGCGAGCAAAUCUUUGAUGAUACUGCCGAUGAUUUUGGAAGUCAUUACAUUGAAUCGCAACCGAACUCGCUCAGUGAUAGCAACAGCGUUCAGAACUACGGUGGUGCCGGCAGUGAUCAGCAGGAGUUGUCACUGUCUAUGGAACGCCCUAAGAGUUUGAGCGUCGGUGGUGCAAAGCUGCUCAGUCUGGAAGAAGCGCGAAUUCGAAAGAAUUGUGUUGAGCAGAAUGAAAAGACGAUACCAAUCAACAUCACUAAUCCUUCUACACACAUUGGUUCUUACAUUGAGGUUGGAGGUGGACCUUCCAGUCUACCUGACAAGUAUCACACGGUUCUUCCUGUACCUAGAAGUUGGAAUAAACGGAAAUCGCAUUCGUCUUGGAAGUCGAUCUUCACCCGUCAACCACGGCAAUCCAAUAGCAACAGCGAUAUCAAAGGAGGCAUUGCGUCGGUGACAUCUGACAAGAAUGUAUCUAUAGUCAGCUCGACAAUGCAACCUGAUAUUGGUGGGUCCAGCUUGGCUGAGGUAGAAGACAAGGACACAGAUCAUCGUCGCAGCGUAACCAUUAAAGAAAGCUCCAGCGGACUGUUGGACAAGAUGGCUAAAAGUUUGCUGUUUUCAUCUGGUGUGGAUUUAUUCGAUGGAAAGAAUCUGGCUAUCGACAGCAAUUGCGCUCGAUCGAACUCGGUAGAUAGUUUACGAACUGCAGGACAUAGCCGAUCUGUUUCGCAUGACUCUUAUUUUGAUCUGCUACAGUCCCCCAUACGCGGUGGUACAGUGGUUAAUGGAACGGCGAGCGGUGGUGGAGUCGUCACAUGCCCAUCACGCGAACUUUCUGAGUUGGGUCUGAAUUUCGAUAGAGAAGAGCCAGAAAUGAGGAUAUUCUCCGAAAGUGAAAGUCUUGUGAGCAGUCCAAAGGUAGCGAAAGAGUCGGUACGGCGCACGUUGAGAGCACGACCGGAAGAUUAUAUUGGGAGUGGUCACAGUGUCAACCCUAGUCCCAAGAAGCAGCCGCGACUGAACAUACCCAGUCCUUCGCAGGAAACUAACAAGCAAUGGAACAUGGCGGCGUUGUCAUCGGGAAGCGGUAACCUCAGUCAAGACGAGGAAAGUCUCUGCAAACGCUAUAAACUGGAGGAUCAACUCAGCGAUAUCCAGUUUAUCGAUUGCAGUACACCGGAGCAUACUUCACUCGGUCUCAAUAGUGGACCGCAGGGUGGAUCGACAACAUCUAGCACAACUGUGGUAAACACUAUUUUUACCAGCGCUCAAGUACACAAACCACCGCACCAGGAGGACUCCUCCGACGAGCAGCACGACGAUGAAACACAUGCUGUGGGUCUGCGUAACUCCUAUCCUGGUCCACAGUAUGCCUAUGGGAAGUUCAAUUCAUCACCCGUGAAGGAGAUACGCUUUAGCUAUCCCGGAUCCGGUGGAGGUGCUGGCGGGAAGGAAAAAGUAACCAAAAAGGAAAAACCAUCACAACCAGCGGGCGCAACUAAAUCUGUCGUUGAAAAAGUUCAAUCGAUGAGCGUCGAUGAACAAAGUCAACCACAAUCGACAACGCUCGAUGUGAUUGGGUUGAAGAAAAACGAAAGUUCCUUGUAUGAAAGUUUUCUGCUUUCUUCUGGUCAAUCGAAACCUCCGAAAUAUCCUGGCCGUUACAGCUACCAUCAUCCCGGCACGGCGGAUGUCGGUCGCGGUAACGGAACCGGUGGUGGCGCCGGUGCUGAUGGCAGUAGCGACUCACGGGAAGGUCAACAAUCUUCGGCCGUGCCGCGUAGUUGUUCCGAGAACGUGAUUCGUAGAACGGGUCCAGAACUGUUUCCGCCUUCCCAACAAUCUCAUCAUCAUCAUCACCACCAUCACCAUCACCAUCAUCACCAUGGUCAGUCCAAGCAGCAGCUGACGACUGUACACCCGCCACCGCCACCAUCAGCACCGUCGUCAUGUACCGGGGCGAAAGCCAGCACUCCGCAAUCGCCUCCAGUUCCGAGUCCGUGCUAUUCGCUGCUGAUCGGUUCGACCAGUUCCGAUACCACGAGCAAUAGUAACAUCACCACGCCCGUGUAUGACGAGAUGGACAUUACAGGUGGCUUUACUGCCCAUCUGGACCAUCAGCCAAAUGCCAAAGAAACGCCCGUCGAGGAUUCACCGAACGCUGCAACCGCUGGAGGAAAGCCAACGGCAAUGAGGAAACACGACCUGAAGGCAAUGAAACGGGAGCUUUCACUUGAUCUAAGUGGUACCUCUACGAAGCUAACGGGUUCGACAAACUUCACCUCGGAUAAUACGACAACCAACACUAGUCAAUCGCUGACUCCUAGCGAUUUCGCUUACCAAAAUCUUAAUCCCGACCUGUCGCCAAAUGGAGGUCUUGGUGCAACCGGAGAUGGUUCCGUGGUCGAGAUGACCAGCUUUAGUCAGAAGGCUGCCAAAUCGCCAGGUACGCCAAUCAAAGCUACCAUCAACAUCACGUACAAUGUGCGUUCGCCCGUCCGUAAAGAGCAGGAAGGAAACGUAUUCCGAUCCAGCUCUCCACCGAGACUCAUGGACGAGAGUUCGAACACGAACGCAGAAUUAAUUGCGGAAGAAGAAUACCAGCGCGAACGGCGUAGCAUCUACGAAAAUAUUCUCGUCCCGCCGGUUGAGGAGGACGAAGAAAAGGACGGAGUUAUGGAUGACACAUCGCCGUCCAAGCGUUUGCUGGAAACUAACUUCGACGAAACGAUGGUAUACGAACAAGUUAAGUUUUUGAAAAACGUUGUCUCCGAAGUGAACCAUCUAGUGAAGAGUGAAGCUGAACCUAGACUAAUGGAAGGGCAGAGCGAUAGCGAGAAUGCGGUAGCGGUGCAGCGAAUAGUACCUGAGAUAAACCCCUCUGCUUUGGAGGGUGUAGCGUCAAGUCCUCCGAAAGGAAGAUCCACCGUAGAAGAUGGAAUUAACAAUAAUCACAACGAUAGUGAAAUCGUGCCGGCAAACGAAGGAAAUUUUCGGAAGCAGCAUUGCUGUGAACGGAAAUCAGUGAAAACAACGAAUGGUGCGAUUCCCAUGAACGAGGAGGAAAGCGAAGAUGUCCCCAUGUCGGACGUGAAUGAGGAUAGCUUAGAGUUUGACAACACAGACGUAUCGCUAUACGAGAAUGUAGAACUACGCAAAAAAUCUGCCUAUCCACUGUAUGAAAAUGUAGAACGCUCCAACACUGUUCAAUCGUGUUCACCACCAACAGCUAACAAUCCGACAGACACACUAAAAUCGGUAUUAACAGAGGAUGAGUUUUCUUCCCUGUGUGCGGACCGUAGCGAUCUGGACAACGAAAUGGAAUACCGGAUUGAAAUUCCACCCAAAAUAGAGAUGACGGUAUCUCCGAAAAUGAAGGUGAUGGUAACGGAGGCACUGGAUGCAGUAGAGACGGUCGUGAGCGUAAAGCAACUGGCAACGAAGUUUGAAACCAGUCCGGUAGAUGUCACUCCCCCGUUUGAUUUCAGCGGCAUCAAUCGAGGUCACAAUCAUCAUUUUAGAUCAUCCCUAAAUAAUGGCAAUUACGGUGCAAGCGAACGCGUAACGAUACGCAACAAAUCAGCCACCAGCAAUGGUGGUUCCGGUGGAUCCGGUAAAGAAGAUCGGAAUGCGUUUGCAAGCUUUACUCGAAGUCUUGAUGAGAAUGCGUUCGUACGCGAGUUUGGAAGCGGUCGCGGACGUCUGGAAGGUGGUGGAGCAUUUGUCGUUGUAGGAAAUGACGGCUUCAACAAAAGCAGCCAACAGAUACCGGCGGUGGAAAAGAACAUUCUUAACGAGAACAAUCCAAAUCGGCGAAAGUCGCUGGAGCUGUCGUUGUCAGCACGUCCUCGAAGCAUGAACCAACCAAAGAAACUGCCCCCACUAGGUCCGAGCGGAGCUCCGACGGGUGUAGAAAAUGUGGAUAUGCACGGUGCUGAUGACGGUAGUACGAAGGGUAAAGCAACGUCCGAGUGUUGCCGUGCAAAGGUAUUGCAGCUUGGCAGUGGUGGCCACAAACAGACUGCUGGUGGCAGUCCAACCGAAUCGUCGAACAUGAAGCUAGAUCUCUCGAUGAAAAUCGAAGAUACCAAAGAAGCACGUGCUUAUAAUGUGCGCAUUACACCGACCACCGAGAACCGGAUAUCACUGGUGCAGUAUAACUAUUGUGAUGGUCCCACUAAUAACAGUGGCACGGACAAUAUGAUGACAGACGGUGUAGCAGGUUCACCCACCGGCACUCCCUUGAUGAGGGUGGUCGGUGGUCGUAGGGGUGACAACUUUGCAGAUGAUGAUCGAAACAGCAUAACAAGCUUGAAGAUGCUUGGCAGCUGUAAACUAGAUCGCUCGCGAAUCGAAAAGAUUAAAGAGGAGAGGCGUCACCAGUUGAGCGAAAAAUAUCGUUCCGAGUCUUUCAAAGGGGAACGAGGAGACUACGGUGGUGGUGCGAAUGGAAAAUUGAAGUCAAAAUCCAAAUCUGAACUGAGGGAAUUCAAGGAAGGCGACGUGGUGGCUGACCGGGCAGACAAGAAAUACGAUUCAUUGCGCUUCCGUUCGAAAUCCCGUGCCGAGUUGCUUUCGUCCGAUGGUCCUUUUCCGUUGGUCGAUUCAAGCUGCAAUCCCGUAGCAGGAAAAAUUGCUUCGGUGUCGUUGAACACGGUAGCUUCAACAAUGCAACCAGCAGGACUUCGUCCAACGGCACCAAACCGCACCAGGCGCAUCAGCGAUGAGAAAAAUCAAAACGAUCUACCACCGGUGGCAAAUGUUGGUGCAGGUCCGAUCGCUAGCGAUGCGUCCAUGUCACAGGUGUGCGAUAACAAGUUCGAACUAAAAACGCGUCAAAAGUUUGACGUAAAGCGCAGCAGCAUAGAUUAUCCCGUUUCAUCCGCGUCGCCUAGCUCAACGAGCGAGGGCAAAGACGUUCAACUGCCGCAUCAGCGUGACCAACGCCACAGCUUCAGCAAUGGUCGGAGCGGUAUUGUCGUGACACGAAGCAAUUCUUCUAGCAGCAGCAGUGCGCAACGAGAUCGUUGCUCACCUCCAAUUUCCAUUAAAGACGUAGCUGCAAUGUUUGAAUCGCGAUCGCAACAGAAUCAAUCUUAA